UCUUGAGAAGUAAAGUCUGUCUGGGUUGUAUUGCUGGCUGACUGGCUAACUGGCUGACAGUGCCUGUGGCUGUUGUGAACUAAAAGACUUAACUUAAGAUCGUGUGUGCAGUAGUAAGUACACUUUUGUACAAGUCACCACGAGAGUAUGGCCAUCAACAAGUUAUUCGUAUUUCUUUCUUGUGCUAUCGUUGCUGUAUCAUCUGCUGGGAUACUUGAGACACUGUUGUCAUGGGAUCUGCAUGAAACGGAAGGAAGAUCAUCGAUGCCACAGUCAAAGUGUCUUUGUCAAACAUCCGGUUGUUUGUGUUGCGUUGAUCUUAAUUUAACCUCGACAAUCGAUCUCGGUGGACCGGCUUGUGUUAAUAUCAAACAGAAAGAAGAUAACGUAUCAUUAAAUCUUAAUUAUGGAGACAAUCCUGUGCACAAUGCGACUAUAAAGAUAGCGGACGCGGCUAACAAACCGACCUGUAUGAAUCUACUUUCGGAUUUGGCCCAGUUGUGCGCCAAGUUUACGUCAAUCAAGCGACACGACCAAUCAGAUUACGAUGGUUGUUUGGUUAUUGAACCAGCAUUGAUGCGCACACCACAGGCGACCUAUCAUAUUGGUUGCUUUAAUUUUAAUAAUAAUGUUAAACAAAUUCAAAGUACAACCAUUGAAAGUACUACAGAAACAACCGAAAUACCGGAAGAAGAAGAAGAUGAAGUCGGUAUUAAUACAGAUGCGUUAAUAGCUGCAGUAUCAGAAAGCGCUGAACAAGGCAUUGCAUUUUUUUCACGAUGGCUCGGCCUCAAUUUCAAUCCAGGAUUAAACUUAACUAGUAACAAUAAAGUGCAAGAAGUUGCUGCUUCACGACAAGAAAUAAGUUAUGAUAAUAACAACAACAAAAACAAUAAUAAUAAUUAUAAUGAUAAUAAUACUUCAACGGUACGUAAUGGCCGUAUGUUUGAUCAGUAUCUGACGCCACAGGAAAACAGUGAUGAGAGAUUCAAACAAUUACUAAGUGCACAAGAUAAUAUUGUUAAAGAAUCGGCAAGAAUUGGGCACGCGGAUGAAGGCAGGACGACUUUUGUUUAUGCUCAACAACAAAAACAACUCAAACAACAGACAGUUGACAGCCCACAUAAAAUAAAUCUUCCUAUUGUACCGCGGGAGUCACGUCGCGGCGGACGUGCUUACAAUAUUCAUCAGCAUGUUAAUGAAGUGUGACGCUUGAAAGAUUCAUAAUGAGAGAUAUUAAAAAUUGAUAUAUUUGAUAUUUCAUUUAAAUAUAUAUAUAAAAAAAAAAACCUCAAACAACGGAAUUUAAAAUAACGUAUAGGAUUGUAAUAAUAAUAAUAAGUAUGAUAAGCAAUAGAAAGUGGAAUUAGGAUUCCAGUCAAUCGUCAUGUUAGAAAGCUAUACUUUAGUCUGGAUGAUAAAUCGAUUGGUUUUAAAUUUUCAUUUCUGUUAUUCGUGCUGUUCAUAUUAUCAUUUUUUUUAUGUAAUUAGAAUACAAUUGAAAAACUUUCGACGUCUUAAUCAUGCGUAUAAUUUUAUGACGCGCUCUAUUAAUAAAAAAAAUAUAUAUAUAUUAUUUUUGUUGCGGACUCAGUAAUUGACCCCACAAUUUUUUGGUAAUAAAAAAUGUCCGUUGUUUUUUUAAUUAAAAUUUUAUUGACUAUCUGUAGGUUGGGGAAGAAAAAUAUAAGCAAAUUUAAUAAGUGAUAAUUUGAAAAAAUGUUUGCAUAAUUAAUAGUCGAUAUUUGAGAGUUCAAAAGUUAUUUAACUCUAAAAUUUCAAGACGUAUCCUGCGUUAGAAAAUUUGAUCUGUUUUAAAUUGAUUAAAAAUUCUAAGUUAUUUCUAUUCAAUUUUACUUUUUAUUUGUAUUUAAUAAACUUGUGAAAUUUUAUCGAGUUUUGCCUGUACUAUUCCUUAUUUGGACUAUUUUCAGACGUGUUUUUAAUAAUUUUUAGUCUGGUUUUGCUCGCCUUUAGAUCAAAAUCCGACUUUUUUCUCACAGUACCCGAGUCGAAAAGUUUCAGCAUUAUUUCAAACUGAUUAAGCUCAACUGGAUGGACCUGACGUAAAUGAAGCUGACUGCGCUGAACUGAACCUUAUUUGAAACUGACUGCACUCAAUUGAGCUUUAAGUUAAACUGUUCAGCCUGCUACAGGAAUGAAAUUGAAGCUGGAUGUAACCUGAACAAGCUUAAACUUCAAACUGACGUAAAAUUUUCAGGCUGUUUUAAAACUGAACCUACUAUAGUAUAAAAAAGACACUGAAUUCAAGCUGAAUAACCUGUAGGCUAUUCAGUUCAAAACUAGCUUGUCUUCUUUUGUUUUUAUCCAGACCAAAAUCAGACUUAUACUGCCUAUUAUUUUUAUUAGUCUAUUUUUGAUCGUCUUUAGAUAGAGAACAGCUUAAAAUUUUAAUGAAAAUUUAAAGACAGACCAAUUAGUCCAAAUACAAUUCAGUUCGACUAAAAUCAGAUCAAAUUUCCGACCCGAGAUAUAAAUGAUAUAUUUUUUUCCAUCAACUUACAGAUGAUCGAGUAAAUAAUUAAAAAAAAAUUAAGUUAAUUAUUUAUCGUAAAAAAUAGCCUAGAAUUUCAUAAUGACCAAAAAUUUGUACACUCGCUGAAAGCACAUAAAUAACUUGAAAAAUGAAACUGUAUUUUUUCCAGUCUUUUUAAUACUUUGUAAUUUUGCGAUUGUAAUUUAAAUAUUUUUCUCUGAAGUUGUUAUUAAUUAUUAAUUAGCGUAGAUGUAUUGUUAUGUA